AUGCUGCUGUUGGUGGAAGUAGAAGAUACUGCGUAUCUUGCCGACGUGGGUUUUGGCUCGGCGACGUUUUCAGGACCUUUGCGCUUUGUUAUCGAUGAGGUACAGGAGCUGCCCUUGAACAAAGUUCGUUUAGUCGACGUCAAGGGUCAGGAGGCGUUCGGCGGCUCUGAGUAUCUGGUGCAAAUCUACUUGAAAGAAGCUUGGAAAAAUGUGUACGCGUUUCACUCGCACCCAGCGGUGGAAUCAGAUCUUGAAGUUUCAAACUUUUAUGUCAGCGCUCACCCGAGUUCUAUCUUCAAAAACAAAUUUAUGGCAGCGGUGCACGGGCCUGAUUACAGUGCUACGAUGGCCAACUGUCAAAUGAAAAUCAACUACCUGGAUGGGAGAGAGGAAAAUUCCAGCUUGACACCAGAGCAAGCAGUGGAAAAGUUGCAUACACUGUUUGGUAUUGACCUUCCUGAAUCUGUGGACCUGGGGGUUUUCAAUGCAGAUAUUGAAAAGUCAGCCUGGUCAAGCUGUCUGGGUCGAUCCAUAUACGAUCUGAGGAAUGCUGGAAGUCUAGAUUACGCGGACUCUUGCGAGUAA